CACAACAACAGGUUCAAAAUGGAAACGUACGAGCAUGGAGUGUUUUUUGAGAGAAAAAAUCUUUCAGAUGCUGAACUUAAACAUAUACAUACGUACUUUCAAAUCAAGAGACGGUCUGGAGGAGGUGACUGUGAAAUCCUAAAAGUAGAUGCCAACAACUACAAGAUAUGUUUUAGGGAGAAAGAAGCACAAGAAAGAGUUCUGAGACGGGAAGAUCAUGUCAUCAAUGUACCUGGACAAGACAGUAUUUGUGUUUCAUUAAGCUGUGACAAUGUUGCUGAAAGCAAUAAACAGCCUCAAGCAUCUGCUCAACAGACAUCUGCUAGUGCUAAACAAACAAAGAAGGUUUUUAAGUUGGAGCCUUAUCUGCUUCGUUACCUCAGUGAGUGUACACUGGCAAAUUCAAACUUGGAGAAAAGAUUGUCUCUGCUCUCCAGCACCUUCCAGAUUGACAUAGACUCUGAAGAGUUAGUGGUGGUAACGGACUCAGCUCAAGACGGCUAUUCCCUAAAGAAAUUGAGUUUUGCAAUUGAGGAAGCGGUAGCGGGAAUAGAGAAGAGCUAUAUCCUCCACUUUGAGGUUGAGAGAGACAGACUGGCAGUUCUGCAAGAAAACUCUUUCCUGUCCAAUGAACACAUAAAAAUCUUUCAUGAAGGAACCUUAGCUGUUGUGGUUGGAGAACGUGAACAAGUAGACAAGAUUGCAAAGUAUAUUGAUACCUUGCAGGCCAAACAGAUCGAUCAGAAAGUGUGUCGCAUAUCUGAGAAAAAUUUUGCUCUAGUGAAAGAACAGUUUGAACAGAGCAGGAAAUCUAAUUUUCCUAAUGUUAAGAUCAACCAAGAUAGGCCAGGCAUUUUGAUUUUAAAAGGUUCAGAGAAAGAGGUCCAUGCAGGUGAAAAGGAGCUUUUGAACUUAAUGAGCGAGAUUAAAGAUAAAAGCAUCCCAUUGCAUCACACUCUUCUUACAUUCUUGGAAUCAAGUGGUGUUGUACAGCAUUUCCAAAACCGAUUUCAGCAUAGCCUCCGCAGCCCAGUUAUGCUUGAGAAUGCAGGUUCAGAUCUUCUUUUGUUGAGUCUUUCUAAUGAAGCACUAUUGGAGGCUGCUGCUGCAGUGCAGAGAGACCUGCGCUUUGAAACUAUGAGCUUGGAAAACACUGAAGGACAAUCACCUCGAUUUAUUAAACUGAAGGAGACUUUGAGCAAAGCCAUCCGGCAGGCCAAUCAACAAGGUGUUAAAGUGAAUGUUGACUAUCAACAUAGAACAGAUUCAGCUGGCCCUAGAAUCAAUAUAGAUAUUGUGGGCGACACUACUGAAGUUUGUAGGCUGAAAGACAUUGUAUUAGAAUACAAAAGAAACCACGAGAAUACUGUUCAAACAAUCCCUCUUCCCAUGCAAGAGAUGGCAGAAGACUUCUCAGAGAUUUUGUCAUUAGUUGAUGUGGAGAACAGUACAGUUGAAAUAAAUCCAACAUGUUUACCUUCCCCAUGUGUCCACCUCAUAGGACCUCGUUGUGAAGUCGACAGUUUGAAGAAAAAGCUUGAGACAGCUCUUAAGAGACUUGUCAUUAAACGAUACAAAGUGGAGGGACCUGGAGCCCAACAGUUUUUUAAAGAUGAUGACAAGAAAACUUUGCAGUUAGUAAAGAAUAGUUUUAGGGUACAAAUUGUGCUCAUUGAUGAGAUGCAAAGAAGUGAUAAUGUGCCCAAUGACACAAGCUGUGCCAGUCUCCAGAAUCUACCAAAUACUCCACAAUCAAUGCAGACAGAUGACAAGGACAUAAACAUUAAAGUUGUAGUUGGUUGUCUUGAGGAACAGCAGGCUGAUGUGUUUGUUGCUCCGAUGAUAAAAGCAAACUUGACUUCAACCGCGAUCGCCUCAUGCUUGUUGCGUAAAGGAGGACAACAGUUUCAGAGUAAUUUUAACAAUGCUAAGGGACAGCGUUCACUUACGCCUGGAGAUGUGCUGGACGUCAAAGGGACACCAACGUUAGGAUGUUCCAAGGUUUUCCUCAUAGAAUGUCUGCCCAAAGGUGAACAAAAGGACAAGAGUGAUGAAGCACUACGUAGUGGACUGGACAAAGUUUUUGCACUAUGUGAGCAGCAGUCUUUGGGUUCUGUUGCAUUACCAAUAAUUGGACCUGGUUUGGCACUGUCAAUACCUGUCAAAGAUGCUGUUAAUAUUCUCAACAGUCAGAUGAUCAGAUUUUUAUCUGGAUCCACUGCCUCCCUCCACACCAUCAGCAUCAUAAUUAUGCCUGAUAAUGUUCAUUCUGAAGAGAUGUUCCAAACGAUCUGUGUGGAUCUAAGUGCUAAAAUGGUGGAUGACACAGGGCAAGCUCUUUUUUCACUGACCUCUGACCUUGAUGAGAUCGUUGUUGCAAUAGCUGGGAUUCAGCUCCAUAUAGUGUUUGGUGACAUCUCCAAUGAGACUACUGAUGUCGUUGUCAACACUACUGACUUUACAGACCUCCAGACAGGAGUGUGUCAGGACAUUCUCACUAAGGCAGGAUCAGAAAUCCUGGCUCAAGUGAAAAGGGCUCAGGUACAGCGUGGACAAAUCUUUAAGACCCAGCCAGGAGGCUUCCCAUGUAAGCAGAUUAUGCAUGUAUGUGGAGAGAGGGAUGCCAAUGUAAUCAAGACCUUGGCAAAAGAAAUAGUGAUUCAGUGUGAACAUGGUCACUACCAGUCAGUGGCCUUACCCGCUAUAUGCACUGGAAAAGGAGCUAUGGACCCAAAAGAGGUGGCCAAGUGCAUUCUACAGGGAGUAAAGGAUGGUGUUCAAGGAGCAAAUCUUCAAUAUCUCAAAAAUAUUCGCAUCAUUCUGCUAAAAAUCAACAUUUUCCUGGCAUUCAAAGCAACGGCACAAAACAACUUUGGCACUCAUACGCAGUUUUCAGUUCCUGGACCUCUUGUACCGACCCUAACAACCACCAGAGGGCGCAACCCAACCAAUAGAACGAGACGAUCACAGUCUUUACCUAUACAGAACAACCGUAAUUUGCUUUAUUCUUUGCCUGUCAUAAAGUACAAGGCUGAGUUUCUAGUCAUUGGACACAGCACUGUUGAUGUGUCAAAUGCCUGCAGGGAGCUUCAGCAUGCAUAUGAGAACCAGUGUUCUUCGCAGUCUUUCUGCUCUGAAGAUAUUGAUUGUCUCAGUGAUGGUGAGAAGGAACAGCUGUGCUCUAAAGUCAAGUCACUGCAUCUGCAGAUACAAAACACCAGCUCUAAAGAAUGGGUAGUGUUGGGACAGAAGGAUGGAGUAAAUGAGGUGGUUAGCCUGGUACAAAGUGGACUUCGCAAACAGGUGAUAAAAAGAGACCAGGAAAGCCUUUUUACCAAAGUCACAUGGUGCAUUCUGGGACCAAGGGGCUUUUGGGAAAAGGUAUCGAAAGAGAUGAAUCAUAGGCUUGAAAAACGUGAUGUGAAAGAUGGAAUUGUGGAUGCACAUGGUUUGAAAUGGACUGUGGAUUUGAGAAAGAUGGUUGCCACAGCAUGUGGGACAGGAAAGAAGACCAGUCUUAAACGACUAGAGAAUCGUUCAGAUUUUUCUUUGCCUAUCUACUGGGACAACAUGAACCCAAAUGAGCCACAAAAGAUCAUUGACCUAGAACAAUCAUCACCAGAGUUCCAGAAAAUAAAGGCAGACUUCAAAAAGACGGUCUCAAAAACAGUGCUCAAGAUUGAACGUAUUCAGAAUGUAAAUCUUCGGCGGUUAUAUGAGGGACGUAAAAAAGAGCUGGAGAACAGGAAUGCUUCCAAUGGAGCAUCAGAAAAGAUACUUUAUCACGGGACAACGAAGGAAGCCUGCUCAUCCAUCAUAAAUACCAACUUUAACCGUAGUUGUGCUGGGCAAAAUGCAACCAGAUAUGGCGUGGGAACAUACUUUGCUGUAAAUGCUAGCUACUCGGCCAACCCUCUGUACUCCGUUCCUGCAUCAGAUGGCACCCAACUCAUGUUUGUGGCUCGUGUACUUACUGGUAAUUACACUCAGGGUCAGGAAGCCAUGAGGAUCCUCCCUGACAAUUUUGACAGCGUAGUGGACAACACACAGGAUCCCAGCAUGUUUGUGGUGUUCCAUGAUUGCCAGGCCUACCCAGACUACCUUAUCAAAUUCAAAUAAACUCUGACUUGCACCCCUGACACAAUCUUAUGGCAGUUUGUACAUAUUUUUACAAGCUGGCUAACUUUUGUUUACCCAAAUUCAUGCAUUUUUGAAUAUUAUUAUAUCUAAAUUUUUAGAAAUAUUAUGGCUAUAUCAUCAAAUAACGUUGUUAUUCGUGUAGACUAGGGAACAUUGUAGUGAUGUGGCACACUUGUCUGGAGAUAACCUUGUGUCAUUUUAUUUUCUAUCUGUUGAUAUGCCAUUUUAAUAGAAUGUCGUAAAAAUCGGGAUCACAGAUAAAAACUUGUUAUAGUGUCCAGGUGAAAGCUAUAAAUGAAACUUUUCAUAGCUGGAAAUAUUAAACUAGGGUGUAAUAAAUGUGAAAAAACUGCACAACAAUCAUGAAUCUGUGUUUUCCUUUUCUGCUUUUCUUCUCCGGUAUACAUUUUCUCCUCUGCUCCACACUUUAAAAAGUUACAGCCUUUUUGUAAACUCUGACUUGCACCCCUGACACAAUCUUAUGGCAGUUUGUACAUAUUUUACAAGCUGGCUAACUUUUGUUUACCCAAAUUCAUGCAUUUUUGAAUAUUAUUAUAUCUAAAUUUUUAGAAAUAUUAUGGCUAUAUCAUCAAAUAACGUUGUUAUUCGUGUAGACUAGGGAACAUUGUAGUGAUGUGGCACACUUGUCUGGAGAUAACCUUGUGUCAUUUUAUUUUCUAUCUGUUGAUAUGCCAUUUUAAUAGAAUGUCGUAAAAAUCGGGAUCACAGAUAAAAACUUGUUAUAGUGUCCAGGUGAAAGCUAUAAAUGAAACUUUUCAUAGCUGGAAAUAUUAAACUAGGGUGUAAUAAAUGUGAAAAAACUGCACAACAAUCAUGAAUCUGUGUUUUCCUUUUCU